AUGGAAAUUAAUAAGAGAAAUAUACCAUUUAAUAAAAGCUCUAACAAAAAGUCUAGUAGUAUUUCUUUGAUAGAUAUUACAACUACUACACUUAUGUUGGACAAUGGUCAGUCUAAUAAACCAAAACAAGAGAAGUGUUUAAAAAAUGAAUCUGAGUAUAGGAUUACUUUACAACUUUAUCUAGUGAUUAUGGAUCUAAAGGCCAUCGCUAUUUAUAGCGUAAAUGCAUAUCCUAAUCAAAAGCAAUUGCUUACCAUUAACUUGGUAAAAAGAGCGAAUAGUGCGUCCGAUGACACAAUUGUAAUUAAUACUGCAAAUCGUAUGAAGCAAAGAGCUAUAAAAAAAUACUCUAGCUUCAAAGAUCUUAAUUCGACUUCCAAUGCAACAACUUCUAACAAUAAAACAUCCUCCGAUUUAACAACUUCUAAGAAUGGAACAUCUUCAAAUGUAGCAACAUCCAAAAAAAUAGCUUCUGACAAAGUUAAUUCUUACGGAGUAAAAGACCAAUGCACCUUACCUAUAAAAUCUAUCAAUCAAGAUGAAGAUUAUUAUGGAAAAAUUAUUAUUGGAAAUCAAGAAUUCAGCGUUCUUUUAGACACCGGGUCUUCAAAUCUUUGGAUUCCGAAUAAGGAUUGUACUUCUUCUUCUUGUCAAAAUCAUAAUAAAUUUGAUUCAAGUCGCUCAAAAACUUUUAAACCAGAAGGUAAUGAAUGGUCUAUUCCAUAUGUCACUGGUAGUUCUUCUGGCGUUACUGGAAUAGAUAAUGUUAAAAUUGGAUGUGUUACUGCCGAAAGCCAAAUUUUUGGUCUCGCAAAUACUGUAUCUAAUGACUUUAUAGAUCAGGAAUGUGAUGGAAUUUUAGGACUAGCCUUUGAUUGUUUGAACACUAUGGAUAAUGCCGCUCCAACAUUAAUUUCUACUUUAAUUAACCAAAAGAAAAUUAAUCCAAUUUUUAGUUUUCAUUUUCAACAUGAAACAGAUUUUGAUGAUCAAGGAACAUUUACUUUGGGUGGUGUUGAUGAAAGUAAAUUUAACGGAAAAAUUACAUUUAACCCUAUAGUCGAUGCAGUAGGAUUUUGGACAAUAAAUCUAGGCGGUGCAAUUGUUAAUAGCAAUCCAAUAUCUUUUUCAAAAAGGAUAGCACUCAUUGACACUGGAACUACAGUUGUUAUAAUACCUUCAAAUGAUGCUGAAGCUAUUCAUAAUCAAAUUCAAGGAGCCGAAUUUGAUAGUCAAAAUGGUUUCUACACUAUCCCAUGCAAUACCAAAGCUAUAGUUUCCCUUAGAUUUGGAGGUGUUGAUUAUAAAAUUCCAACCAAAGAUUUAACUUUUUUCCCAUUAUCUGGCACUGUUUGCAUAUCAUCUAUUUAUCCUGGAGCUGAAGAUAUUUUCAAUAGUCCGGAUAUAUGGCUCGUUGGUCAAACUUUCUUAAAAAAUGUAUAUUCAGUAUUUGACAAGGGAAACAAUAAAGUUGGAUUUGCACAAAGUAAACAAUCUAAAGUUUAUUAA